AUGGUUGUCCACGUGGUAUUCGCUGCCGGAAUCCUAUCAACUGCUGCGCCAUGGUCGGCCGUGCUGCCAGAGGGUGCCAGGCUCGUCCCAGUGGAGUACCGGCCGUUCUGCAGCAGCGAGCCCGAGGCAGCUGUUGACUUCGCCAGCACGGCGGCGCUGAGGCUCCUCUCAGAAGCCUUGAACCUGUCCGCCUCCAACACAACGUAUGCGUUGGCCGGCCAUUCUGCCGGAGGUUUACCAGAGCCUGGACUUCUUGGCUUUGCUCGCGGAGGACCCGAGCCGGGGCUUCAAAGAAAUCCUCGGCCUGGCGGAGAGCUGCUUGCCGGAGCCCGAGGUGGAAGAGCUGAAGGGUCGAUUGGCGAGGGCGACGAAACCAAUUCCGUGGCAGUGCUUUCAUUCGAGGGCUCCCUGAUGCCCUGUGAUGUCGAUGGCUGGGCAGCAGACUGGGCGCUCAGCGCGACGCCACCCAAAGACGAACACUGGAUUCGGCCGGCGCUCGAGGACCCGGGCUCCCAGUGGACUUGGUUCAUGGCAAGGGCUUGCUGCCGCUCCUUGAUGGAGCGCUGCGCUGCAGACCCACCUGUCCACCUCCGCAGUAUUGCGCAGUUUCUCCAACUCCCGGAGGGGCCACGGUUCUUCUACGUGGCAGGAGCCGAGAGUAAGAAGCGCAACGACGUUGUCUUCCCUGCUUUGAAGAAGGCUUCUGCAGGCUCUCCUGGAAGGUUGGAGCUCAAAGAGAUCCCGCAUGCCGGGCACAACAUGCACCGAGAUGCGCCCAAAGCAGUCAGGACGAUCUUCAGUGAGGCAUUCGACUCGCAGGCGCAGAAUCUGGUCUGA